CCCAGGGAGGCAAGGCUUCCCAGGCCUGCCCUCCUCGCCUACCGAUGGAGCCUUACCUGAGCAAUGAGCUCUUCCCACCCCCCACUGAAGCCUGGCUCCAGACGGUCUCCUCAGAUCCUGAGGCCCAAGGUUGGGGGGCCUGGGGCAGGACUGAAAAGACCUCCUUGGUGCCAAGGGCUGGGAGUAGAACAGGAAGUGACAAGGAAGCAGAGGAAAAUGAAGAUGCAAGCUUCCUUCUCUCCCUGCUGGAACCAGAGAACCUGGCCAAGUCCCCAGUAUACAACCAGGAGUUGGAGGCCAUCAAGCUGAAAUUGUGGGCCAUGGAGCAUGCUGAAGCCCAGCCGGAGCCACCCUGUGUACAGAGAAAGGCCACAGAGGAAGAGAGGGCUGAGGUCAGACAGCUGCUGAGCCCUGAGACUGUAGACUGCUUCUUCUCUAGGACCUCCAAGGAAAAUGUGGAGGCUGACCACAGAUCUGUCUUUGUAGGCAAUGUGGAUUAUGGUGGCUCAGCUGCAGAGCUGGAGGCCUACUUCAGCCCCUGUGGGGAGAUUCACCGGGUCACUAUCCUGUGCGACAAGUUCUCUGGACACCCCAAGGGCUAUGCAUAUAUAGAGUUUGCUUCGCACAGAUCUGUCAAGGCUGCUGUGGGGCUGGAUGAGAGCACCUUCCGAGGUCGGAUCAUCAAGGUACUUCCCAAAAGGACGAACUUCCCAGGCAUCAGCUCCACAGACCGUGGAGGGCUGCGGACACACUCGGGCAGCAGGGCUGCCUUCCUGCACGGUAGCCUCCAUCGUAAAGCUCGGUUAAGAGCCCAUGGACGGAGCCGGGGCCAUGGAGGAGUACCACCGUGGUUCUCUCCGUACUGAAAGAACAGCCCAGUUUUUAAAGUGGGACCAGGAGUAAACUGCUGUCUCCACUCACUCCAGACGAGGCUCCUAGCCUGGCAGCCCCCAAGGGCCUUUGAAGGUGCCCAGAUCACCAGGUCCCAGUGGGAAGGCACUGGGCAGGGAGAUUCGGGAGGGGAGGGAGGCUCAGGGUACGCUGGGAUUGGCAUUCUCGAGUACUUUUAAAGAAAAAUAGAUAUGCGUGUUAAUAGUAGAACAUAAAUUAUUAAACUUGAAUAAAUUUU